GGAGUUUGGACUUAAUUGUAAACAACCUGUCGAUGGCGUGCAUUAUGGCAAAAAUCAUAACUCAUAAGAUAAGCGUUGCAUAUAGUUGCAUCUGCACCACUUCACAAGUUACCUUUAACAAACCAUACUUAUAUGCAUAUAUGAUCUGAUUCUUAGAGAAAAGAGGUCAUAGUAGUCCAGAGUUCGGCCACAGGUAAGUAAAGUCUGACAAAAAAAUUAUUCCAUCAAGAAAUUGAACCCGGAUUCUCCCAAAAUCCAUCCUUAUUAGUGAAACUCAUUAACCACUUGAACUCAAUAACCUUUUAAACUUGUUUAAUUUAAUAAAUUAGCCAGGUGCUCUUAGAUUGCAUUCCAAAACAGUAUGAGUGACGGUGCCGCUUUCAUCGCUACAGCUUACAACACCUGUCUACACACAUUCUCAGUCCUUAUUCUAUGGGACCCACACUCACAGACAAUAUCAACGACGUCGUUUUGACGUGCUAAGUAGUAAUCACAAACGCAUGUAAGAAAAGUGUUGCAGUUUUCCUUUUCCAUGUAUCUCAAUCAUCAUUCAUCAACAACCAAUUCCAAUUCAACAAAACAUAUACAUCUUCUUGUUAAUGCAUUGUUUAUAUCAAAAUCAUACUAUUUCUAUUUAUUUUUUUUUAUUAUUAUUAUUAAAAGAACAAGAACAAGAACAUAGUUGGUGUUGGAAUUAGAAAUGGCGGCAAGAACAGUGAAACGACGCCACGUGUCAACUAGGUUGGGUUGCAAGCUUCUGAUUCUCUUCACCGUUUCAAUCUUCUGCGUCGUCGUUUUAGUUGCAGCAGCUCUCUUCUCCGUUAACUCCAAUUCCAUUUCUAACAAACCCCCAAUUCGAAUUUCACGCGCCGCCGUAUUCCACGGCCCUCCCAAAAUCGCCUUUUUAUUCCUCGUCCGCCGUAAUAUCCCCCUCGAUUUUCUCUGGGGUGCUUUCUUCCAGAAUGGUGAUGUUUCGAAUUUUUCGAUUUAUGUUCAUUCGGCUCCUGGGUUUGUGUUGGAUGAGUCAAACAGUAGGUCUCAUUUCUUCUACGGUCGUCAACUUAGCAAUAGCAUUCAGGUUUUAUGGGGAGAAUCAAGUAUGAUUCAGGCUGAAAGGCUGUUACUGUCAGCGGCUUUGGAAGACCCUGCAAAUCAAAGAUUUGUUCUUCUCUCAGAUAGAUGUGUUCCUCUGUACAACUUUUCCCAUGUGUACAAUUAUAUCAUGGUUUCUCCAAGGAGUUUCGUGGACAGCUUUCUUGAUGUGAAAGAGGGUCGUUACAACCCAAAAAUGUCACCUAAAAUACCAAGGGAAAAAUGGCGUAAAGGGUCCCAGUGGUUCACCUUAGUUCGUAACCAUGCAGAAGUGAUUGUUGAUGACGAUGUUAUCUUCUCUGUCUUUAAGAGAUAUUGUAAGAGGCGUCCACCAAUUGAUACCAGAAAGGGAAAGCUGAAUCUUAAACUUCAGAAGCAACACAACUGUAUUCCAGAUGAGCACUAUGUGCAGACAUUACUUGCACUGCAUGGCCUUGAAGGUGAACUUGAACGCAGAACAGUGACCUUCACUUUGUGGAACCAGUCCACAACAAAAACGGAUAAUAAAGGCUGGCAUCCAAUGACUUUCAGCUAUGCAAAUGCUGACCCUCGAAGGAUAAAGGAAAUAAAGGACAUCAACCAUGUUUAUUAUGAGACGGAGCACCGGACAGAAUGGUGUCGCACCAAUUCAACCUUCGUUCCGUGUUUUCUAUUUGCUAGGAAGUUUUCUCAGGGAGCAGCUAUGCGCUUGUUGGGCGACGGAAUUAUUGACCACUUUGAAGUUUCUGCAUUGCUAGGCAAUACUCCAUGAGACUUUUCCUUCUGUCCAAACAGCUCUUUAGCCGUAAACUGAUAUUCCACUGACUUACUCAGACAUAUACUUCCAACGUCAAAUGGAAUCACUUCACGAUAUACGAACAUACUCCGCACAUAAAUUUUGAAGGCAAGUUUGUAGCUUUGGUUGAAAAUUGAAAUAGUUAAUCCCAUGUAACAAGCUGAUUGAACCAUUUUAUCUGGCUUAGUGAGAGGUUUUGUAAAUCAAACCAUAAUUGUAGCAGCGAUCAAUCACAGAGUAGGAGGGUAUAAGUUAUAUAGCAUAAAAAUAAGCAUUUUUUUUAAUAAUAUUGGUAAAGUUUAUUUUUUAUAGAUGCAA